AGCCAUUUUGGCUCAAGUUGAAACCACGGAGCCCUCGGUGGCUUCAGCUUGUUCGCAGCCGAGAGGGCUGGCUCAGACUUCGGGCUAGGGCCCACGGCUUCUUUUCACUAGACCUGCUCGGAUCCACCUCAGAGCGCGCUGUUUGCAGAGAGCUGGCUCCAAUGCCCGCGACCCCGCCCGAUGAACGAAAUGUGCGUGCUAAGUCUGGCGAGGCUGCUGAUGUUUCUGAAUUGGUGGAGCUGCGGAGGCACGUGGACUCUACUAAGGCUGAGGUACUGCAAACCAUCGCUGGCGUUCAGAGCUCUCUUUCCUCGUUGGCUACCCAGUUCGCCAAGGGCUGGACCUCGGUGGAAGCUAAGCUUGAGAGCAAGAUUGACAGCUUGGCUGACACGCAGGCUGAGCAGGAGGCCAGGAUCGACCACCUCGAGCAGGAGAUCAAGAACCUCCACCAGCUUCUGGGGAAUAUCAAGCGUGAGAAGCCGAUUCCUCCUGUGGCUACUUCUUCCUCUUUCGAUCGUGAUGUUGAUGCAUGUAUACUCAUCCUGCGCACGAAGCUGUCCAGCACCAGGGCUGCCAUCAAGUCGUCCAUCAGUGCUUGGCUUCAGAGAGCUCAGCUCGACGAGGGUGACGUGGAGUGGGAGGGUGAUGAGACAUCCAACAGGCACGUUCUUCGCGUCAAAGGAGCUAGACUGUACGCUGCUCGAAAAGUUCAGCAAGCUAUCGGAGCCCUUCGCCUUCCUAACAAUUCGUGGGAACGAUUCAAGGUGGCUGCAGUUUCUUGUGAGGAUCAGGAACUCUUUAUUUCACCUGAUAAGAAUCAGGCCCAGGUCAAGCGGGAAUUGGGCAUCAAGCAUGUUCGUCGUGAGCUCGAGCUUCACUACCCGUCUCUCAAAUUCUUCAGUGACAAAACCAAGGGAGAAGUGUCCACGCAGUGGAAACCGUUGGUCAGAGUUGAACCCCUUCCAGGAGAUGCUCUUCCUCGGUUCGAGUUCGCGAUGGAAAAUUUGCGUGCCUUCUCGAUCGAUAAGGACACCAUCCUCUCGGGCGUCAAGGCGAAUUACCGCCAGCAGUCGGACACGCAAUGGUCUAUUUAGCCCGCUGUUUUCUCAAUGGAAGACACCCGCAGGCACGCCAGCCAAGUUGAGAUUUGUGACGUGGAACGCUAUGGCCCUGUUCCAUUUCAAGUCUCAUACUCGCUCGGCGAAGCUAUCCCGUGUCCGUGCGCUGUGGCAGGCAGGCAGCAUUGUCGCGCUGCAGGAGACUCAUGGCACGAUGCCAGAGGUGCGCGACUUCCUCUACCACUCUUGCAACCACUUCUCUGCCGUCGUCUCCUUCUGCUCGUCUCGUCGUGCUGGUGGUCUUGUCACGCUCAUCCCCAACUUUAACAAGUAUGCUUUCUCCUCUUCAUCACUACGUCCUGCUAUUACUCGUAAUGUCAUUGUUCCUGGGCGAGCCUUAGAAGUUAUGGUUCGGUUUUCUUCGGAGAUCUGGAUUAGUCACUUCAACUUACACCUACAUGGUCUAUCGGUCGGAGAGCGUCGUCACAUUGCUGAGGUGCUUCGUGAUCGUCUGUCCGACUCCUACCUCUUCCCUACCUCUAGGCUUGUGGUCGUUGCUGGCGAUUUGAACCUCGCGGAGAAGGCUCCGCGGCUCUUGGAUGCGGUCCCAUGUCCUGACCCGACUGCCGCUGCCCAUGAGUGGAGACCCACCCGAGACCCCAUCUUGAGCCCCAUCUCCGGA